CUGAUGUCACCCUCACGUCUUUGAAUUCCACUGAAAAUAAGUCACCAAGUAUAACAUGCUCUGCUGAUGGUCGCCCGGGCAACAUGAACUUCACAAGUUUCAGCCAUUACUGGAAUGACAUGUUUAUCCGAUAUGUACCCGCCACACCUGUUGGACGCAACGAAACCAGACUGACAUUUAAUCGUGCUACAUAUGAAGACAGUGGGACGUACCACUGUGCUGUUGAUAAUGGAGUUCCAGAUAGGUCAGGACAUAUAUCACAGACAGCAACCAGUGAUGUUUACAUCGAAGCAACACCAAAGAUUACUAAGGAAACUGAGCUUGAUAUUCCUGUGGGUGCAGAAAUUGGAAAACCAGCAAUACUACAGAAAACUGUGUUUUCCAAACCAGAUGAUAUUAGUUUCAAUUGGAACAGAUCUGAUAGCAAGUCAACCUUUAAUCAUACAAAUAUUGAGCCAGAAAACAUUACUCUGGAAAUAUAUGGUAAAACAGUAAAGGACUCAGGCUACAGAAUCACGCUCAAUAUCAGCUCAUUCUCACCGAAUGACACAGGAACCUACACGCUGAAUGUCUGUAAUGAUGUUGGAUGUUCUCAGUUUUCUGUAAACCUGACAGCAGCAGGACCACCUCUUCCUCCAAAAGAGUUCCAACAAGAAGGGGAAUCAUCUCACACAGUAAAGUUGUCAUGGUUAUCUAACUAUCCAGGCGGAAAUUACAAACAAAGAUUUGUCUUGGAGUACAAACUCCAAAGUGAGUCUGAAUGGACACUUAAAUGGACCAGUGACUGGUUUGAAGAUUUACAUCAAGAUCAGAAAAUGUUUUACAACAUCACAAACCUCGAGGCUAGCCAGGUGUAUGACAUUAGACUGUCAGCUGAGAAUGAACGCCCAAAAAACAAUGUUAGUGACUUUGUCAACAUAACAGCAAUGACAGCAAAAGAGGCUGAGAAACUAAGUGGAUCUGGUUUUGGGAUUGGUGCAGCUGUUGGAGGUGCUGUUGGUUCUUUUGCUGUGGUUGGCGUUAUAGUGGUGCUGGUUGUGUUCUUUGUACGACGCUCACGAUUAUCAAGCAAAAACAAAAAGGAUACUGAAAAUGGACUUCGUACAAACAGAGAUUCUGAACAUCUUCCAGUUCUGCCUGUGUUGGACGACAAUGAGUUGUAUUUCAUGUCUGGCGGUGGUGGUGGUGGUGCACCAAAUCGUGGUGGUGAUGCAAGUCAACCAAAGCUGCCAGUGUUGGACGACAAUGAGUUGUAUUUCAUGUCUGGUGGUGGUAGUAGUGAUGCACAAAAACGUGGUGAUGAUGCAAAUAAACCAAAACUGCCAGUGUUGGAGGACAACGACUUGUAUUUCUCAUCAGGUGGUGUGAAGAAAAUGGAGUUGCCAGUUUCACAGACAAGUCUCAUGCGUGAUGGAGCCCAGCCAAGCACCAGCACACAAAAUGCUGACAAGAAGGACAACAAGAAAGGCCAAAAAGAAAUAAAGAAAACUCAAGAUGCAGACAAGAAAGUGAAGAAAGGAAAGAAAGGUGAUAAAAUGCCACUGAAUCAAGCUGCAAGAGGUGAUGUAUAUGAAAAUGUGGAUCUAGGAAAGGACAAUACUUAUGCCAAUGCUGCAUUUGAUGGAAAAGAGGAUGAAGUGUGUCAGAAUGUCCAGGGAGAGAAGUGUGGCCGAGAUGAAGAUGGCCUGGUGUACGUUGGUAUAGACUUCUCCAGCACUACCCCAAGCAGAGCCGUGCACAAGACCGAGGAAUCUGUGGAGUACAUGUCCAUUGACUGGAACAAGAAGGCUCAACCACUUCCUGAUGGAGAUGAACCGAAGGAAGGAAAGAGUCAAAAGUAGCAGUCACUUGACUAGUCACCCGACAGAUUGUUCUUUAGAACAUUUUAACUCUUUGUUUGCUGCCGGCAGCAAAUGCUUCUCAAUUUUACGUCCUACUGAGCCACACCUGGUAGAAUCUUGUGCCCAAUAGAAGCUCAUUAUUUUAGUGUAAAUCUACCCCUAUUAUUAUACUAAUAAGUUUAAUCACUGAAACCCACUUAAAACAUUUAAGAAUUAUUUUCCCAGUGGCAAAAGUUAGAAAAGGUCUUCUGUUCUUAUUUUUCAGCAGCAAGCAAAGAAUUAAUUAUUGAAAAAACAAAAUCCAUAAUCCCAAUUGCUUACAUGUACCUUUAUGAAAACAACAAGGACAUUAUGAAUGUAAUAUCUUUAAUUAUACAUCAUCACGAUUUGGCAAACGCACACAAUGACGUCAUGUAGUUUAAAGAGUUUGCAUUUACGGCUGUCUGAUUUUGGUGU